ACUACCAUCACCAAAUUAACGUGUUUGCCUGAAAAAUACGGAAUACACCAGCGUUGCAAUUACCUACACCGGUACUGCAUACAUACAGCUAGACAUGGGUAUUCUGCUAUAUAAAGAGGGCGCUGCCCAGAUCUUUCCUUUCCUUUCAAUCAUCCACAACUUUGAAGGCUCUAGUAGUGUAAGGUAGGCCAUUUUCUCAUCUCCUCAUCUCAAUUUUUAAUCUUUUCCAACGUCGCAACGAAUAUUUCCCCGUCGCCAUCUCUGUCAUUUCAUCACGAAUACUCUAAAUACCAAAUUGCCGCAAUUUCUGCAAUCUCAGCGACCGAGACGGGAUUUCUCGCAAUACUCGAUAUUGACGGAGUGAUUCCUCGGUCGGCAAUCUAAGAAUUACAACAAACCACGAGUCUGCCUAAUUCAUUCAAGAUGUUCAGCCGACGAUUUGAACCACCACAGAACAAGAGCUUCUCCAAGACUCAUAAAGUCAAUAAAUCCAGCUCAUCAUUCAGCAAAUCUCACGGUGUUUCGAAGAGCCGACAUGAGCCUCGUCAGCAUCGCCGCCCUGCGACAGCAACAUCUUCAAAUGUACCAAGUGAUCCAAAUGUACUCUCACCACCUGGUACAUUGACGCCUUCCAUCGUGACACUGGUCAUCGGAAGGGACCAACGUAUCUUCGCUGCUCACGAAGACGUUCUCAGCGCUUCGCCUUGGUUUCAACAAGCCUUGUCCGAUCAAUACAUGGAUUCGCAGAACAGCAAGCGCAUCCAUCUUCCCGAAGAAGAGCCCGAGAUCUUCUCAUCUGUCUUGGAGUAUUUAUACAAGGGCGAUUACUACCCUCGUUUGAUCCAUAACAAGCGUAGGAACUCGUGGGAGAUCGAGCAGAUCCAAGAUGAAGGCCAAGGCUCGAAUGAGUCCACUGUCUAUCAUCGUGGUGUCGAUGGCGACGUUUUGAAAGAUACUGUCAUCUAUUGCACUGCCGAGAAGUAUGGUCUCGAGGAACUCAAACGAGUUGCUCUACGCAAGCAGGGUCUUCAGUCAGGCAUUCAAUGCAGCACCAUCCUGGCGUCGGCUCGCUAUGCAUAUGCUAAUACGCCUGACACUGACUCUAAAUUGCGAGCUCACUACCUCGCUCUCAUCAUUCGCAGUCGCAGCACAUUCAAGCGAAGUGGUACUAUGCAACUAGAGAUGUUCAACGGCGGCACUCAACUUUUCUUUGACCUAUUCGUCGCUUUAUGCAACCAUGUCGACGAUAUUUCUAGCGCACAAAACACCCCACGCAGCAACCGUCACUUCUUUUGAAGGGUUCUGCCACCUCCACGAUCUACAUUCCCCAUCCCACCAUAUUUUCUAAUAUCUACCCCAGACCCACCCCAACGCCCGUGGAUCUCAUCAUCUUAAAACUUAAUGAUCAACGUUUUUCAUACCUAUUUCUGUAUUUUCUAUUCUCACUCAGAAAGACUCGAGGACUUUUUCGGAUCGGAGUACAUCGGUGACAAGUACCACACUACUGGCGUUUUGGAUGCUAUCUGGAUUGGUAAUUCCACGGCGGGCAAUAUCUUUUAUUUCAUUUUCCUGAUAUCUCCUGUAUCACUAUUCUCGGAAGCAUCGCUCCAGCAGGAAACUUGGAGGACCUCACAGGGGCCAGUGAGGUGCUCAUAUCCUUUAUGUGUGACGGGGUUCACUCACUUGAAGGAGCGAAGAAAAAAAAUAAUGACGUUGGCGAGUUUUAUGAUGAAGUUGUUAACGCUUUUCUGAGAAGGGCGAGAAAUGAGGAGCAAAUGGAUACGAUAAAAAAAAGGGAGAGGAGUUAUCUGGCCGUGUUUCUGACACAGUCGGCGGAACGAUGAUGAAUCUCCCCUGUACUAUUACAUUUCUGAACUAUCGUUGAUAGCAGCGAGCUAUUUUCUGCCUAUGGUUUUUAUUUCUAGAGAUACCUUACCAAGGAAGGCUGAUGAGGGAUCGAUCACCGAAAAAAAACACUAAUGAAUAUUUAACGUUCUUGUAUAUGCUUCUUAA